CCUGUACUUGUGAUUGAGUGAUAUGUGAAAGUGAUAUUCUUUUCUUAUAAUAGAUUCUAUGUUUAUCAACUUUGUUAUGAUUGUGAAUGGUUUAUUAGAAUGUUGUGAGAAAGCGGUAUUAUGUAGGACAGGUGCAUGCUCUUUGAAAGAUCAAUUAUACUAGAGAGUGCCGAGUUCAAAUAGUGUGCAUAUUGUACAUGAAUACAGGCAUUUAUUAUUCGUUCAAUACUAUACUGAACAAUACUAUCAAUUCAUGAAUUGUGAAAUUCGUUUUCGUCAUGCUAAUGGUUUCAAGGUUAUGUUUCACUAAUUCAAGGCAUCAUUUGUAGUUUCGGAAUAAAGAUGAGCUAGUUUCAAUCUGUAAUAGACAUUAAUUAAGCUCCGUUAACAUAAAUUUGAUUUCAGAUAUCAGUAAAUAUCUUCUUCUUUAUGGGGAAGUUUGUAUAUACUCCAAAGCUACUCCACCGACUUAUUUGAGCAAAGGUUUUAGCAUUGUUGUCCACACAUGCGCACUCACAAACACACACAGUUUCUUAUGAACUUCACAGUUGUUUCAACAAUGAGGUAUUUUUGAAUUCUACGAUACAGUUCUCUUAUAUCUGAAAAAAUCAAUCCUAUUCAAAAAUGUCUCGAAAGCUUCUUGAAGCUAAAAUUAUAAGAAGUAAGAUGGAGAGUAGUAAAUCACAACAACGCUCUCCCCAAUCGAGUCCAGCGAGCAACAAAGAAGCUUUGAAAACAGAAUGCAAUUCGGACGAUGAUGGAACUCAAAGUCACAUUAACGUUGAAUCAGAUGAUAGAACCAGUACUAAUACUGAUCUGAGAAAUGGAUUAAAUAAUGACAACAAAGAACACAGUGAUGGAGGUAACUCGUUAUCUGAUGACCAGUUAGAAGAAGUGAGAGAGAAAUUGAGUAGAGUUAAACAGGUGAAUGGGAACAGCACACGCAAAGAUUCUGAUGCGUCUAAAAAGUCGAAAGCAUUCAGGGAGAUUGAUUUAGAGCGGAUUUUGUACAGGUGGUUUGAAAGAAGACAAGGAGGUAGUGUGUGUAGUAAUAGAAGGCUUUCUGGUGGUAGCUUGGUUGAAUUGGAUGAAAUUCUGAAGAAAGCUCUCAAUCUUGCUAAGAGGAUGGGAGCAUCGAAAAUGUUCCUUAAAGGUCUUGAUAAGGAGUGGAUUCGUACAUGGCAGAAGAGAUAUGGACUGUUCAGGGAGAAUGAUGAAGGAACGUCGGACGAUGAUAACUCAACAGGAGAGGCGGAGCCGUCGAUUGGUGAUUAUGAUGACAGUGAAGAGGAAAGUGAAUUGGAAAAGGUGAUGCAAGUGGGGAGUUACACUGAUGAUCAGGUUUACUGUGCAUUUGGAUUUCAGUUUGAUUGGACUAGUUUGCCGGACAGAACGCUGGAUGUGCAGUCCCCUGAGGAUGGAGUUUGGUUGUUGAUGGCUGGCAAUAGAUCGGGUCGCCACAGAACUCGGAUACUGAUAACAGGCAAGCAGUGGCGCCCCGCCUGUCUGCAGAAUGUCAACAUGCUUAGUCAGCCGGUCGUGUAUGCCGGCGGUGGAGUCGGACGACUCACUUCCGAUUUAUUUACAUGGUGGUUCCACAAGGAGUUUGUUCCGGCUGCUCUAGCACUGAAUCCCAACGGAGCUCUACUGGUUGCUGAGAAAACAGAUUUCGCUCCUUCGACGAGUGACUGCGUGUCAGCUGAUGGUAAAGUGAGGUUGGUGCUUUAUAGUAAGAGGGAUGUGCUGAGGACUUCGAUCCCUGAGCAGAAACUGAUUGAGGCAGAGCUGAGAUCGAGGUAUGCGAUGCUUCUUCUGCAUAAUGCGCUCAUUGAACAGCAGAGUCGCCCCGUCACUCAGUGGCUGUCUACGUUCACUCUGAAGGACGCUUUUCCGAUUCUGCACAAGGCUUGGUUGAACAUCAGACCGGACUCGUUUUCACGGUGCUGGCGGCCGGCCGAUGCUUCGCCGUUGACGGCUCACUCGCGACCUCCACUAUCGUUCGAUGCACCGGCCAGCACCCCGUUGCAGCUGGAACACGACCGUAUGCUGCUGCUGGAGCUGCAGUGGCUGUGCCACGACCUCGGCCUCGAGGUGACUGACGAGGAUCUGGCCUCGUGGGUAGCUGGCCAGCUGACCCGGACGGAGGUGGUCUACGUCAAGCCUGAGCCCGUGGAGGCGGCGGCCGACGAGGAGCGGUCUCCACCCGGUGCAGUCACCGCGUCGGAGGCGGUCUCCUGCCUGGUGAAGGCGCUCUCCUGGAUGGAGACUGAACCCAUCGAGCCCAAUCUGCUUCUCGUCGUUCGUGACGUCAUGGCUCUCGCCAAACAGGCGAGCAAGAUGGGCCUGGGUGCGGGUCACCCGGGAGCCGGACUGCCGUUCUUCUGUCACAACGGGGAGCACCUGGGCCAGCCACCCCCCGCCCACAUGGGCAUCCCACCCUACCAGCUGGACCCGAAGGGGGCCGGUGAGUACUGGCGUGCCCCCCCACCCAUCACUCCCCACGAGUGGAAGAGGUUAGGGCCCAUCCUCGCAGCCUCAGGCUUAACGAGGGCGCCCAUGUACCCGUUUACGACGGGACAGUAUCCGUACCCCAUGCUGAGUCCAGAAAUGUCUCAGGUCGCUGCUUCCUGGCAUACACCCAGCAUGUACCCGAUCUCAUCUGCGAGUGCGGGCUUUCGUAGUCCGUACCCUUCCUCAUUGCCUAUUUCCAGCUCCAGUCUGACAAGUGAUUUGUACAGGUUUUCGCCGAGUGGACUGAUGGCGCCCCACCCAGGACUGAGUCCCCACUCCCACCCCUCCCUCGCAUCGCACCCCGCCAUCGUCACCCCCGGUCCAAAGCAAGAUCUCUCGCAAGCAUCCGAACUCAACCACAGGUCAUCGUCAAUGGACCGGAAAAACUCUUCAUCAACAACCAAUGACGGCUCAAAGUCUCAAGAUUCUGGUCAUACAAGUAAUAAUCAAGAGAAAAAACCUCACAUUAAGAAACCUCUGAAUGCAUUCAUGCUUUACAUGAAAGAGAUGCGAGCCAAAGUAGUUGCUGAAUGCACGUUGAAGGAGAGUGCAGCUAUCAACCAAAUUCUAGGGAGAAGGUGGCACUCGCUAACACGGGAGGAGCAAGCUAAGUAUUACGAGAAAGCGAGACAGGAGCGGCAACUGCAUAUGGAGUUGUAUCCUGGCUGGAGUGCCCGUGACAAUUACGGCUAUGGAGCGAAGAAGAAGAAGCGAAAGAAAGAGAGGGUUCCUAUCGCGGACACUGGAGGUAACAACAUGAAAAAAUGCCGAGCGAGAUAUGGUCUUGAUCAGCAAAGUCAAUGGUGUAAGCCUUGCAGACGUAAGAAGAAGUGCAUCAGGUACAUGGAGAGCGGCGAUGGGGACGGCGAUGGUGAUGGGGAUGAGGGCAACCAAUCAGAGGAGGACAAUCUGGGCAGCUGCGGCAGCGGGGGGGACGCCCACUCACCCGGUGAGGACGACGAUGGAGAGUCGCUGCAGCAGUCACUGUCCAGUCCGGGCGGGCUGAGUGGCCUCUCCAGCCUUACCAGUCCGUCGAUGAUCCUGCCCAGUCCGAGCGCCAGUCUGGCUUCACCCAGCGUCAGUCUGGCGUCGCCUUGCAUGAGUCUGCAGUCGCCGCUGACGCCGCACACGUUGGACUACGCUGACUGCAACGGAGGAUCAACUGUCAAACAACCGCCGCAGCCGCCUCCCAUCCCCGCCCCACCACCCCUCCUCCCCCUGCUCAUCAACCACCACCACCAUCACCCCCACCAUCACCACCCACACCCCCACCCUCACCCGCACCGCAACCCCGUCGGCACGAACCCGCACGACGUGAACAAUCCUCUUAGUGUGAACCAGCUGACCGGCAAGUGUAUAAAAAACUCCACCUCCAGUCCGAGUUCGACGAAUAGCUCGACUAAGGAGUCGACGUCGCGACCUGUCAUCAGUGUUCCGUAGCAUACGGGGAAGGAGCGGUAGUCUUCCGACUGGUGCCGGGACUAUGCAGCACCAGUCGGUCCGCCGCUCCUAUGUGAUAGUGUCCCUCACUCGCCUCCAGUCUACCUCUCACCCUCUUUUUCAACAUGACUAUAAUAUAAUGUUGGUGUGAUUUCGCGUAAUAUACUUCAUUCAUAUUGGUUCGCAUAUUUUCUUGGGAAUCUAUUUAAUCAAAUUGUUCUGACAGUUUCUGUUUCAUUCCAGACAGUUUGCAUAGAUAUUUCAUUAUCUAACUUCCUUGAAACUGAAUUUCAAUUUAACCUGAUCAAAGCUUUAUUUGAAACUUGUAUGCCCAUAGAGCUUCGUACGACUUGAGCGCUAAGAGCCACUUCCUCCGUAGUGCAAAGCCGUAGUGCAUUCGUGGUACGUCAGCACAGGUAGGGCUCCUACACCAAUAAAAAUUCGUUGAUUUCAGCUGAUCUAUAUCAGCUAUAGUGAGGUUCACGUUAUAAUGGCAGUGUACAAUUGACAAUACUGUUGCUGUCCUUUUCUAUCAUACAACAAAACAGAUAGUGCUAUCUCUCUCGCUUUGCAAUGUUGUCAGUUUGCCAGAAUAUUUUAUUUGAGAAAAUUCUCAGCCGCCAUUUUUCUCCUUCAUUCUAUCAAAAUACUUGAGUACGGUACACGAGUCGUAUAAUUGAUUUAAAAUGUAUUUUUGAAACAGUAAAAUACUUUUUAGGCAUUACCGUAUGAGAAACACAAAUUAAAAUAACUGAAAUGACAUUUUAAAAGUUGAUAAGUAAUCAUCAUAGACUUCAUUCUUGCUUCAGUUAGCCUACUCGUAUUGGUUAGACCAACUGGUACCGGUAUAAAUAAUAUUGAAAGGUUAUUUCAGAAUGAUUCACAUUGAAAUUACUUUUUUUGGAUAGGAUUUCUAUUUUUCUAUUAACUUUAAAAGAAAUUGGAGUAGAAUACCUACCAAAUAACUUAAUUUCUGUUGUUUUGAAAUUCAGAUUGCUGUAUCACAGCUUUUUAAUUAGCCGCCAUUUCAGGUUUGUAUAGAAAUAAAAAACUGAUCCCAGUUAUGAAAGCAAAUUUUUGUAUCAAAUUAUGAAAAAAAUAAAUUUUCUUGAUUAAUUUGACAUUAAAUUGAUUAUUUUAUCAAGCAAAUGAUAAUUAUUACUAGAUCAAAUUUAAUGGUAUGAAUUGAGUAACAGCUGUGUACACUCAGUGGCAAAAUGGAGAGACUUGGCAACGUUUUUCUCCCAUCUUUCUUCACUGCCAUUAUAACGUGGACCUCACUAUAGUGCUUUUAUUGGUGUAGCCCCACCUCUACUGACACCAGUAUCCACUAUGGCUUUGUUUACGGAGGUAGUGCAAGAACACGCGCAAUUCACUUUUAUCAGCUGAUUAUAUCUAUAUUUGUUCAGUAACAGUAAGGUACAUAUAUAAUAAGCAUCAUAGCAUCAACUGAUGAAAAGUGAAAUGCGCUCGUUCGUGACGCUCAAGUGUGUACGCACCUUAAGAGAUUUCCUAUUCAAUCCAAAUUCUAUCAUGUCAAAAUUUGGAAUAUGUUUCUUUAUCGAUUUUGAAACCGAUUGGAAUCUCCAAAGGUGACGUGAUUUUGUGAUUCAAGAAUCAAUUCAGUGAUAGGACUCAUAUGAUUUAUUGCAACGGCAAAGCUGUGUGAAAGAAAUGUGUGAGCGAUAUGUAGUUUAGUCGUUUCAAAGCUAAUCUUCAUCAUCUUUUGUAUGUAUUUAUCUCCAAAAAUAUCAUUUGAAAAUAAUUAUCUUGAUUAGAUUCUUUCAUUUGAGAAAUUCUGAGGUUAAGGAAACUAAUCGGGUCCGGAAACAGAUAUUACGUAUUGCACCCUAUACCGGUCACCCAUUGCUAGUAAAAUUUGACCUGAUAUUUUCAAGUCACAACUUUUUCACUAAAAAGGAAAUAUUAGUCGAUUUAUCUCUUAAAAAACCUUUUGGAAACCAGCAGGUACAACUAGUCAAGCUGACGCUCUCAAACGCACUUACUUUUAUUAAAUUUAUAAUAGCCUACUGUACUAACAAAUAUUAUAUAAUUAUUCUAAUUCACCAAACACAUUUUAAUUAUAGUUUUAUCCUAUAUCUAACAUUCGUUAUCGUGUUUUUUAAUUUGGAGUUCUGAAGCCCUCAUUUUUUUAAUAUUAUUAACAUAAAAUGGCAAGGCAAUAGAUUUAUAUAAAAGCGAACAUUUCUAUGCUCGUGUGGGACUACUCCCAAUCAAAACAAAAUAAAAAUACUCAGAGUAUUGUGAGUUUUACGGUAAUGCUAUGAUAAAGUUUGAAAAUCUGAUGAUAAAAGUGCCUUUAAAUGGCACGAAGGGCCCACUGAUUAUUUCGAUUGUGUUGAAACCAAGAAGAGUUUUCAGUGAAUCUUUCUCAAGAGUUUUCAUACGAACAUUUAAGAAAAUCCCUGAAUGGCCAUCUGGUUUCCUUCACCUCAGUUCUUUACAAAUGUCUAUCGCACAUUCAUUUUAUUUUGUUAAAUAUUCAUUUUCGUUGUUAUUAUGUAUUGUCGAUUUAUCUUGACAUAUAUCAGGUUCAAAUAUAACAAAAAUUUAGUUUCUUAAUAUUAUAUUUUCAUUGUUUUCAUGAUUAUCUUAUAAUUACCAUGCAUUCCAGAAAUGGAAAAAAUUCUAUAAUGUUUUAUUACUAUUGAUUAUCAUACAUUUCAUAAAUUUUACUUACGGUAUCCACUUUAUUCAAUAUUAAAAUGUUAUUCACGAAUUGUCUGACUUGAACACGAAACCAAUCAAGUUCUUUCGUUUGCGUCCAUAUCUUCCGUUCCCUACUAAAUAUUUUUAUAUUAUGUAAUGUAAAAAGUAUAUUGUGAAAAUUAUCUGUAAUUUUAGUUAUCAAUUUCAAGUGAUUUUUUCUCGUUUGGUCAGGACCAAUCUAGCAGUUUUAAUAUAAACCAUUCAUGUGGUUGGCUUAGCAGCGUUUUAGCUGCUGAAACGUUAAAAUUGUUCUUUUAGCUAUUUUAAUUUCACCUUGAUGGUGUUUCGAUUGAUACAUAAAAUUUAGUGUUUAUACUGAACCAUGACUCCAGAUAAUCAUUGAGGAAACAUUCAUUUCCACUUAAUAAUGUGACAUAAUUGUCAUUCGGAUAAAAAUUAAUUCAUUUAGCUCCAUAAAUUUUAAACAAAUAUAAUAAAUUGUUGGUUGAUUCCAAUUUCAAUACGACUUGAAUAGAUGAUAUUAUUUUGGUCAGGAAGCUUUGAAAGUGUAUACGUUUAUUAAUCUGAUUUUGGAAAAAUCAUUUGAAUUGAAAUGCCUAUUUUAAACCAUCUUUUAGUAUAUAAAAGACUUAUAAAUUCAAUGUUUAUGUUAUUUUGUUUCGUUGAUGUUUAAAUUUGAUUAUUCCUUUGAAUCAUGUUUUAUACCCAGAAUUGAUUUUAUUAUUUCUCUUAUGUGAUGAUGUUAUUGGAUCGAUAGUAUAAUAAUGUUUAUGCGAAUAGUGCAGUAUGCAGUAGUGCAGUGUGUGUGUGUGUGUGAGAGAGAGAGUGUGUGUGCGUGUGUUUGGUCUAGUGUGUGAUUGUCAGUUUGCAUUUGAAGCUUUGCUGGUGAUUGAUGACAAACAGAAACAGGAUUUUGUUAUUACCUGUAAUUUUUAGACUCAACGUAAGAUAAGAGGAACAAGUUAUACAUUUUGUAAUUAUUGUAGUAUAUGUAUAGACGUAUUAUUUCAGCGAUGUGUUUUCAAAGUGCCAAUAAUUUGUGUUUUCCAAUUCCAUUACCUCUGUUAUUUGUGAUGCCUUUUCUAUCAUCGAUUGAAAUUGAUAUAAAAGCAAUCAAUCUCUCAGAUCCUCUUGAAACGUUGUCUGUCUUAUAAUGAUUGUCAUUGUGUAUCUUUAUUUGAACUGAGGUAGGUUCGGUAUGAUUUAUGAGUAAUAAUCAAUUGUUAGUUAGAUGUGACUAGAACAAUUGAAAAAUUGAUUUCUCAUAUUAUAUUAUUGAUAUUCAAUAAAUUUGACUGUAUUCACAGUUUCUCUUAUUAGUAAAUUAUUAUUUUUUAUAAUUUCUGAAGGAUAAUCAUAAUCUGCUGUGAAUCAAUUCAUUCAAUCUCGAAUUCUUGUCAAUGUUUCGAUGAAAAGCUAGUAGCACAUCUUAUCAUUAUUCAAUCAUUGAAAUGAAUAUUCCAAAAAGAAAUAUAAAAUACUCGUUUGUACUAAUUUUCAAUCAAAAUUCGGGAAUGGAAUAUUACUUAAGGGCUGUAAGCCUUGGUUUCCAUUUAGAAUCAUUUUAUGAUUAUGUGUUUCUCUGCUGAAUAAAUAAAUAAAAAAGAUUGAGUGUGAUAAUGUAAGUUCAAAAUUAGUCUUUCUAUGCAGGCAAAAAUGAAAAUACAUUGAUUGUAUAGUAAUAAAAUAGUAAAUAAUAGCAUUACCGUACAGUUUUUUGUAUUUAUAUUGACUUAUUCUAUGAUGUUACUCUAGACACAAUAUAAGUUUAUGGAUACGAUAUUAGAACUUAUGACAAUGAGCAUUUUUAUUGUUGAAAAGCGAAUUAUUUAUUUAUGAAUAUUGAAUUGAUAUUUGGGGAAACCAAACAUUUUUAUUGGAAAUCCUCAUUUAAUCAGUUAAGACAAUUGUUUAUUAUUCACAUGUUGAUAGUGUGAGGUGUGCUACUUGCUCGAUUAUAAUUUUAUGAAACUACAACACAUUCAUAGUUCAAAUAUUAUUAUGCUUUUAAAAAAGAAGCAGGAACUUUUAUAUAAAUAGUAAUUUGAGACAGUGCUGCAAAAAUCAUUUAAUUUUGUUAAUAGUGCGUUCAGCGAAAAGCAAUACAUUGUAGGUUACCCGAAAGUGAUACAGGUAUAAUUUUAUCAAUUUAUGUAUUCUGUUAUUGUAUCUGUAAUUUUUGUUUUGUACAGUGUAUACAAAAUCAUUUGAAAAUAUAUGAAAGAAAAACAUGUGUGUGGACAUUUCAUUCAAAUAUUGAAAUAGAAUUGAAGAAUGAGAAAAAUGUCUGUAUAAAAUUCCACUAUGAAACCAGAAGAAGCAUUAUAGUAAAUUAAGUGUUGUCAAUCCUUUUUGUAAAAUAGACAACCUAAAAGGCAAAUUUCAUUUGCUGUCAAAUUAAAAAAAAAACAACGUCCAUUUACUAA